CGGUUGGUGGUAUUGCGGUAAGUUGGAAAAAUGGAUGGAAGCAAUCACAGCAGGGUCUCCGAGUUCCUACUCCUGGGGAUCUCAGAGAGUCCUGGGCAGCAGAGGGUCCUGUUUUGGGUGUUCCUGUCCAUGUACCUGGUCACGGUGGUGGGAAAUAUGCUCAUCAUCCUGGCCAUCGGCUCUGACUCCCGUCUGCACACCCCCAUGUACUUCUUCCUGGCCAACCUCUCCCUCACUGACCUCUUCUUCGUCACCAACACCAUCCCCAAGAUGCUGGUGAACCUUCAGUCCCAGAACAAAGCUAUCUCAUAUGCAGGGUGUCUGACACAGCUCUACUUCCUGGUCUCCUUGGUCGCCCUGGACAACCUCAUCCUGGCCACAAUGGCAUAUGACCGCUAUGUGGCCAUCUGCCAACCCCUCCACUAUGUCACCGUCAUGAGCCCUCGGCUCUGCGUUUCACUCCUCGCCUUGUGUUGGGCACUCUCUGUCCUCUACGGCCUCAUCCACACCCUCCUCAUGACCAGGGUGACCUUCUGUGGGUCCCGGAAGAUCCACUACAUCUUCUGUGAGAUGUAUGUCCUGCUGAGGCUGGCCUGUUCCGACACCCAGGUCAAUCACACAGUGCUGAUUGCCACAGGAGCCUUCAUCUUCCUCACCCCCUUCGGGUUCAUGAUCACGUCCUAUGUCCGGAUUGUCAGAGCCAUCCUCCAAAUACCCUCAGCCUCGAGCAAAUACAAAGCCUUCUCCACCUGUGCCUCCCAUCUGGCUGUGGUCUCCCUCUUCUACGGGACGCUCUGCAUGGUCUAUCUGCAGCCCCUCCACACCUACUCCAUGAAGGACUCAGUGGCCACAGUCAUGUACGCGGUGGUGACCCCCAUGAUGAACCCUUUCAUCUACAGCCUGAGGAACAAGGACAUGCAUGGGGCUCUGGGAAGACUCCUCUUAGGGAAAGUCUUCCGGAGGUUGGCAUGGGGAUAAUUUU